AUGGUGCUGAAUAGCCGCCACAGCGCCCCCCUCUGGGCAUCUGCAGCGGUGAACAGUGAAUUGUGUGUUUUAUUUUCUCAAGGGGAGGUCCUCAGGAGGCGGUCCUCAGCAGGUCCACUGGAGGAGGUCCUCUGGAGGAGGUCCUCUGGAGGCGGUCCUCAGCAGGUCCACUGGAGGAGGUCCUCUGGAGGAGGUCCUCAGGAGGCGGUCCUCUGGAGGAGGUCCUCAGCAGGUCCUCAGGAGGCGGUCCUCAGCAGGUCCUCUGGAGGAGGUCCUCUGGAGGCGGUCCUCAGGAGGCGGUCCUCUGGAGGAGGUCCUCAGGAGGAGGUCCUCAGCAGGUCCUCUGGAGGAGGUCCUCUGGAGGCGGUGAUCCGCAGCAGAAUGCAGGGAGUGGGAGGAGGUCCAUAA